GCCGCCGCCAUGGUGCAGCUCGGGAGCUGCCUCCUGAGGGGUCGCGGCGGCCACGUCGUCAUCCGCUUCGCGCUCGGGGGCUGCACCAACCGGCCGUUCUUCCGCAUCGUGGUGGCCAACAGCAAGCGCGCCCGCGACGGGAAGUACCUGGAGCAGCUCGGCUGCCUUGACCCGCUGCCCAACGCGCACGGCGAGAAGGUGGCGGGGCUCAACCUGGAGCGGCUGCGGUACUGGCUGGGCUGCGGCGCGCAGCUGUCCCGGCCCGCCGAGAAGCUCCUGGGGCUGGCGGGGUUCCUGCCGCUCCACCCCAUGACGGUGACCGGCGCCGAGAGGCUGCGUCGGCGACGACAACGCGAGCAGCAGCCCCAGGCUGCCUCUGCGGACGGCUCGGCAGAGCCCGGCACCGACACGGACACCGCGCCCUGACGCGGCCCGGCCGGGCCCGAGGACUCCUCCUGCUCUGUCAGUGCAUCUGACCCCAUUAAAAUGUUACCUCUACAAUCUACACCGUCCAUCUGCUGCUUUCUCCAGACUUUUCUCAAUCAAAGUUGCCAAAAUUUGGUGCGUAAAAGAGGUUUUGCUGCUCUAAUGCAGGUACGGGACUGUCCCAGAAGGCAUCUACAACGUUUCCUAGGCAUGCCACUGGCUCCAGGUGCUCUGCCUGCAGUAGUGGCAUGUCCUCUGCCAGCUGCCAUUGGCCUGCUCCUCUUGUCAAGUGUUUUGACUCCUGGCUGUGAUUUACUGUAACAGAGCAGUCCAGUGGUU